AUUCACACAAGACGUACACACACAAAGACAACGAACACUGGAGCGAGUAGAGAUAGUACCGGCUUGUUGUUGUGUGUGUUUGCUGUCAUCUCGACGACGACGGUCAUGGCGAAGGCGCAGGUGGCGGCGGCGAGGUUCAUGACGGAGGUGGCGCCGCCGCCGGUGGUGUCGGUCAUGCGGCGGAGGAAGCAGGCGCCGUGGUGCCUGGACACCAUCGCCGAGGACACCAUCGCCGAGCAGCUGGUGGCGUGCGGGUCACCAUCGUCGACGGACUACGGCUUCGCGGCGGCGUGGUCGCUCAAGAGGAUGCCACCACCGCAUGCGCAUGCGCAGCCGCGGGAGCGCGCGGCCGGGUUUGUGGGCAAGUACUUCUCCGACGCCCAUGGCAGCCAGCAGCUGGUCAGCCGCCGGCGAGACGUGCAUGCGCAGGAGUUGCACAAGGUCGGAGCUUGAAGACAAGAGGGGGAGCAUAGUAGCAAUAUAAUGAGCCAAGCUUGUUUGGGAGAAGUAUAUUUUUAGUUUAUACCACUUCCACACGUGCGUUCAUGCACGAUAAUUUAGCAAAGUGCGCACCUCAACGAUUCUCUAUGCACCUCCUUAUUAUUCAUGUACUAGUGAUGCACAUAUUGAUAUGCAUGGUUGGCUGUGCAUCCGUGCAUAUGUAAGAAUUUGUGUUUGUGUAUUGUGUUUAAAAAUAAACUCUAGGUAAAAUAAAGGUAAAUACAACUUUAAAAUUU